AUGAAUGCAGUUGAGAAUUCUAAGAAAAAAUAUCAAACAUUUACAAUAUCAAAUACUGGAGAUGAUAAUAUUAUUGAUAUGAUUGGUUUAGGUAAUGAUACCCAAAACUUGGAGGUUGAAUGUAAGCUAGCUCCGAAAUCGAAAACAAAUGUUUCUAUACCUGAUCUUAAAACUAAUGAUAAUAAUAAAGUACUGCCUAUUAAUACUGAAGCCGCCAAAACUUUAAGUAAUGAAGAAUUUUUAUCCACAACUAUACAUAAACGGAAACAUGGGCCAAAAUCAAAGACAAAGGUUCCUCUUAAUGCUGAAAAUGAGGAAACUCCUGAAAAAAUAAUGCGUUUAAAUGAGUGUAAAGUUAUUAAUAACAAAGAAUCAAAUACAAUAAAUUUGUUAUAUAGUAAAUCAGUUAAGAAAUUAAAACUUCCUAAGAAGUAUAAUCAUAAUUUAAAGACUUCAAAUUUAGAGUAUCCACCACCUUAUCCCAUAACACCACCGUUUAAUAAUAAACCUUCAUGGAAAAACGUGCCACCAAUACCUAAAAUGACAAUCGAGGUUUUAGAAAAUAAAGUGAUUAUAACUUGCAACAUGAAUUUGACUUCGCAGAUGGCAAAGAUAAAAAUGUAUGAACUAUUUGUUUGCCAAGAGACAGAUGCACCUCCAAACAUCUCUAUGUGGAAAAAAAUGGCCAAUCUGAAAGCAUGUAAGUUGCCUAUGAUUUGUGAAUUAGAAAAGUUUGAUUUAGGAUAUAUUUAUGAUUUUGCUCUAAGAGCGGUGGAUAUCCACAACAGACGUGGACCUUUUGCUGUUCGAAAGACUAAGAUUUAG